AUGACCCACAAGCUGGCGUCGCAUGUGACUCCGGUGAAGGAGCAAUGCAGAAAGGGCGGUGGUGAGGAGGAGGAGGAGUCGACCCAAUUGUCGAUGGCAGCAGAGGGAGGCCUGACCAUGGUGGUUUUGAACUUCAGGAGCACGUCCAGGUUGCUCCGUGUGAGGGAAGUGGAGACAAAGGGGAGGAAGAAGAAAAAGACGCUAUUACAAUGCGGUUUCGUCCUCAAUGAUUUUGGUGAGGCUAGCAAGGGCUCGCCGACCUCAUCGGCCACUAGUAAGGGCGGAUCAAAAGGUUCCUUCCACUUGAACUCAUUGCUUGUACUGAUAAGUUCAAGUGCAACUACUCUGUGUCCUGUAAACAAUAAACAACGAGUGAGAAUGCAUCUUGAAGUGUAUAGGGCUGCACAAUCCGGAGACUUUGAUUCCCUGAUCACAAUAAUUUCGGGAAGUGGGGAAGGCCUUUUGCACCAAACAACACCAAACGGGAGCAACAUUCUUCAUGUUGCAGCUAUAUGCAAGCAGGGUAAUAAUAAUGGAGAUACUCCCCUACAUGUUGCGGCUGAAGUGGGAAGCUAUGAAGUAGUUCGAGUCUUCAUUGACUUGGCGAAAUCACUUCAUUGGGAUAUUGAGAAUGAACAAGUUGACACAUACAAAGAGCUACUUCGAAAGCAGAAUAUGGAUAAGAAUACGGCGCUGCACCUUGCAGUAAGAGGACACCAUGAUUUGGUGGUGGAGUUGUUGAUUGAACAAGAUUCUCAACUGUGUGAUAUUAUUAAUGCUGCCGAUGAGUCCCCGCUUUAUCUUGCAGCAGAGCAAGGACUUUCUCGUACAACUGAGCUGAUUUUAGGAGCUUCCUCGUCAUCAUCCUCUCAUAAGGGCCCUAAGGGUUUGACAGCUCUGCAUGUCGGAAUGUCUCUCUCACUAACCUGUUGGGAGAAAAUCAUGGAGAAGGCACCAGAAGCGAUCAUAGAAAGAGAUGAUGUGGGGCGGACUCCCCUUCAUUAUUUCUCUUACUUUGGCAAAGUUGAAGCAAUUCGACUACUCCUGCAACACAAUACUUCCGUGGCAUAUGACUCGGACAAAGAGAAGCAAUCGGCCCUUCACAUUGCAGCAUUUCGAGGUCACAUCCAAGUCAUUGACGAGCUCGUUAGAUCUUGUCUUGAUGUUUGUGACAUGGAAAACACCAAAAAGCAAACGGUUCUUCAUGCAGCUGUUAUUGGUGGACAAGGGAAUGUAGUCAAGCACAUACUAGGGAUGCCAAACAGGGAGAAUCUUGUCAACAAACAAGAUGCCGAUGGAAACACGGCUCUGCAUUUGGCUGCACUUCAUAAAGAAUAUGACAUCAUACACAUACUUGCACAAGACGAGAGGGUGGACCGUUUGACCAAAAAUAAGGAUCAUUUGACUGCCCUUAACAUUGUUUCUGCUCAUGAGGAGACGGACGUCAGAGCUGCAAAUGUUUCUAGCCUAUUGGAAGGAUCUCAUGGAAUCCUGGGCUUCCAAGGCUGGUUCAUUGAACACGGUAAGAAGAGGUCAGAUGGGCAAUUUGUUGAGGGUGAAUCGUCUUUGUCUUUAACCACAGGCAGUCAUAAUGCCAACCGAGUUAAUUUCAAUUGGUCAAAUAAGAGCAUUAUGGAAGUCGAACAAGUAUUGGCAGCAUUAAUAGCCACAGUUACCUUCACCGCGGCCUUCCAAAUCCCUGGAGGUUAUAAGGGCGAUGGACCCGACCGAGGAAGGGCAAUUCUCGCGGGCAGGGCAGAUUUCAUAGUCUUUGUGACGUCUAACAGCGUGGCGUUCCUUUCCUCCCUCUUGGCAGUAAUCACACAGUAUCAAAAUUUUACGGUCGGCCACAUCUCCCUGACUGUGGGAGGCUGUCUUCGAGUUGCAAUAUUCGGGAUCGUGCUAGCCUACGUGUCGGGUGUGUAUGUUGCAAUGGAUAUAUCCACCAGGGGGAUCGCGGACAGUAUCUUUGAUCCUAUUUGCCUUGUAAUGGUCACGAGUUGGCUCUUAGUCGCUGGUCCUCGCGGCGUGAUUCUUUUGGGCUCGCAACUUAACUGGCUCAUAAGAAACAUCGGAAAGUUGUGGCUUAAGUGUAAGACACAAUUGUUCGAUUUCCCUGCGAGGCUCACUUCUGGUCGCCAGGGAAGCUAAUUAGUUGGGCCGGUUCUACAGUCCCGCGACCUUGUGGUGCACAGGGGAUCUUCUUUUUGCUUUGCGAACUGUCGAUUUCGAGCACUUCAUGUCAGCUGUCCAAUUUAAAACGUGUCAACGUCCACCGUUGAAUCGAUCGCAGGCAAGAUCGCAUUGCUCAAGAUGAAGGGUUUUGCACACCUCUGGAGGUUUGUCGAAGAAUGUGAUGUUCACUAGCAUACAAGCGAAUUGUGUUGGAGCUGUGUCUCAGUGCUGCUCCUAAUGUUCUGUCGUUUUAUUUAUUAUUCAGUCAAGUUUAUUUGUUA